AUGGAGAACGCAACGGUAGGCACUACAUUGAAUGAAGACACUUACCAUUCCUUUCUCAAUUUUGAAAAUAUCGUUUUCUUGGUCACUGUGUUAAUUAGCCUUUGUGGGUUAGCGGUGAAUGGAAUUGUCAUCUGGUUGCUUGGCUUCGUCAUCAAGAGGAACCCCUUCUCUGUCUACAUCCUCAACUUAGCAAGCGCUGACUUCAUCUUCCUGUUAUGCGCAAUCGUGUUCUUCAUAAUUUUUAUUUUAAAGCUACAGAUAUCUAUACUAGUGUCACUCGUGGUAGGACUCACCAUCACCUCCUGGCUGGUGGACCUGAGUCUCGUGACAGCCAUCAGCUUCGAGCGCUGCCUCUCCGUGCUCUUCCCGAUAUGGUACAGGUGUCGCCGCCCCACAUACCUCUCCACCGUCUUCUGUUUCCUGAUUUGGGGACUGUCAUUUUGUUCCGGGAUGAUGGAGUGCUUAUGUGAACAAUUAGAAGCUUUACCUUGUGUCCUGAUGUAUUUUGUCUGUUAUGUGUUAUUCCCCUUUGCACUUUUGGUAAUUUGUGUGUCCAGCCUGAUUCUCCUCAUCCGUGUCCACUGCUGCUCCUGGCGCAGACAGUCCAACAAGCUCCACCUGAUUGUCUUUCUCACGGUCUUGAUAUUCCUGACAUGUGGCUUCCCUCUGGGUGUAGGCAUAAUAACAUGCACGAUCUCUGAAGUUGUCCCUAAUUGCCCGAUUGUCUUGCAUAUCUGCCGCCUCCUGUCUAUUGUGAACAGCAGCGUGAACCCCUUCAUAUACUUCUUCGUUGGAAGGCACAGGCAAAAGAGGGUAUGGAAAUCACUCAGAGAAGUUCUCCAGAGUGCGCUGGAGGAUGACAGCGAGCCGACCUCAGGGGUCGAAACGCAAUCCUCAUGCACAACGUGA